CAUUAAUAUUCUCGCUAUUAGGAAGCUGGAUCAGUGAUGUCAGCGCUCUCUGAACGCCGGUGCGGGCUUCGUGCACGCGUGUCAUCCCCUUGGGCUGACAGAGAGCGUGGAUAUUUAGGGGAGGUGGAGAUCAGCUUUGUCAUUAAGGACCUCGGCGGCAGCGCUCUCACACUUCGGCACGUCCGACGCUCAGCAUGCAGCAUCCCGACACGCGUCCCGUCUGCACGACGUGGCUUCAGCUGGACGCACACGCAUUUCCCGCUGGCGGCUUCAACGUGACCUUCGGACCGAGAAGCGGCCGCGUAUGUCGUUGACGCAUCUCGAUGUUUGAACUCGGGGAGGGAGGCACGUCAGAUCCAACGUCAAAUCAGAUCCAACCUGUCCUGCAGAUGCGCCGUCACUGUUUGCCUCCGGUGGCAACCCUCACGAGAUUUAGGAUUCAUCCAUCUGUUUCCAGGGGCUGUCUUUAGAGCGCGUCUCUUCUCCUUCUUCAGAAUGGAAAGAUUCCAGUCGUCCAUGCGCAAACGGCUGUACAACUUGCCGCAAAACAUUGGGCAAAAAGCCAUCGCGGUGGACGAAGGGGACAACGAAGACAAGGACACUAAGAGAAAAAGUAUUCGGCUAAAACAUUUGCCCUCACCUGCGUCCAGUUGCAAGAGUGGCGAGGAGGCCAGGAGCGAGAAGAAUGUUAAGACUAACUUGAACGGGGACUUUCGCUUAUUUCGGGGCAGCGUCUCUUCCAUCACCGGGCGGCAUCCUGCAGGGUCAGAUCCGGCGGAGCAGCAGCGCCUCAUCCCCGAGGCGGGCGUCAGAGAGAGUUACCCCGGUGAGAACAGCCCCGGGGCCCAGCAGUGGGCAGCGGGGGGUCUGAGUGGCGCAGCCGGCCACGGCUCUGUGUUUGACCAGUCAAGUUUUAUUAAGUUGGAAGGCACCGAGCAAAUCGUACCCGAGGACGAACGGCUGUACCAAGCCGGCUUCAUGCACCGGCAGUUUGGGGCGAUGCUCCAACCGGGUGUCAACAAGUUCUCCCUGCGGAUGUUGGGGAGUGAGAGGGCCGUGGAGCAUGAGAGGGAGCGGGUGAAGUCUGCCGGCUUCUGGAUAAUCCACCCGUACAGUGAUUUUAGGUUCUACUGGGAUCUGACUAUGUUGCUGCUGAUGGUGGGGAACCUCAUCAUCAUUCCUGUGGGCAUCACCUUCUUCAAGGACGAGCACACGCCACCCUGGAUCGUCUUUAACGUGGUCUCAGACACCUUCUUCCUUAUGGACCUGGUCCUCAACUUCCGCACGGGCAUCGUCAGGGAGAACAACGCGGAGAUCAUCCUCGACCCGCAUAAGAUUAAGAUCAAGUACUUGAAGACCUGGUUUGUGGUGGAUUUCAUCUCGUCCAUACCAGUGGACUACAUCUUUCUCAUUGUUGAGACACGCAUCAACUCGGACUUUUACAAGACGGCCCGGGCCCUGAGGAUCGUACGGUUCACCAAGAUCCUUAGUCUGCUGCGGCUCCUGCGCCUCUCCAGGCUCAUCCGCUACAUCCACCAGUGGGAAGAGGUUUUCCAUAUGACCUAUGAUCUGGCCAGCGCCAUGGUGCGCAUCAUGAACCUGAUUGGUAUGAUGCUGCUGCUGUGCCACUGGGACGGCUGUCUGCAGUUCCUGGUACCCAUGCUGCAGGACUUCCCUUCUGACUGCUGGGUCACAAGAAACAAGAUGGUGAAUGACACCUGGGGUCAGCAAUACUCCUACGCCCUGUUCAAGGCCAUGAGUCACAUGCUGUGCAUCGGGUACGGCCUGUACCCCCCCAUCGGCAUGGCCGACGUGUGGCUCACCAUCCUCAGCAUGAUUGUGGGCGCUACCUGCUUUGCCAUGUUUGUGGGGCACGCGACCUCCCUCAUUCAGUCUCUGGACUCCUCCAGGAGGCAGUACCAGGAAAAGUAUAAGCAGGUGGAGCAGUACAUGUCCUUCCACAAGCUCCCUGCCGACAUGCGGCAGAGGAUCCACGAAUACUACGAACAUCGCUAUCAGGGAAAGAUGUUUGACGAGGAAAGCAUUCUGGAGGAGCUGAAUGAGCCACUGAGAGAGGAGAUCAUCAACUUUAACUGUCGCAAACUAGUGGCCUCCAUGCCUCUUUUUGCCAACGCCGAUCCAAACUUUGUUACCUCCAUGCUGACCAAACUGCACUUCGAGGUUUUCCAGCCGGCCGACUACAUCAUCAGAGAGGGAACCAUCGGCAAGAAGAUGUACUUCAUCCAGCACGGUAUCGUCAGUGUCCUGACCAAGAAAAGCAAUGACAACAAGCUGUCUGAUGGCUCUUAUUUUGGAGAGAUCUGCCUGCUCACCAGAGGCAGGAGGACAGCAAGUGUGCGAGCAGAAAACUACUGUCGGCUCUACUCUCUGUCAGUGGACAACUUUGAUGAGGUGCUGGAGGAGUAUCCCAUAAUGAGGAGGGCCUUUGAGAUCGUCGCUCUUGACCGCCUAGACCGCAUCAGGAAGAGGAGCUCUGUUCUGCAGAAUAAAGUCCAGCAUCACCAAAGUUCUGGCACUUUAAACUUCCAAGAGACCGAGAUCAUCCAAAGAAUUGUGCAACAUGACCGCAACAUGGCCCAUUGCACGCAGCUGAUCCAGACCAGCCCACCGAGUCUUCACCCUGUCCCUGCUCCCCCAUCACCCACCCCGGUCAUCUGGGCCCCACUGAUUCAAGCUGCCACCACCCCGCUGGCUCUGGUUUUAGCCCCCCACUCCCAGCUGCCUCCCAUCCACUUCCACCAUCCCCUGGCGCUGGGCUCCAUGAAGGACCCCACGGGUUAUCCAAGGAAAGUCCACCGUGGAACAAAUAUGUCCAGUAGCUGUGGUUCAGGGCUCGGUUCUCCGGUCAGUUUCAACAAAAUCCGAUCAGGGAUUGAGACGCACACCCAGGCGUCUCUCAGGGCACAGCAUCUGGCAGCAGGGCCCGUGUCACCCACACUGUCGUCCCAGCCCAUCUUCACUAGCAGCCUGCAGCCUCUACCUUCACACCAUCUCCCGCACCACCCUCUCUACUCGUGUAUUGGCGCAGUCUUCCCCAUUGGCCAGACCACUGUCUCCUACACCCGCUCUGCUCAGCUCCAGCCCUUACACGGUGCCAUAACCGUUCCGCCACAUCCAAUAGGUCUACUCCAGCAGGGGGCGCCAGUGAGAUUCCCAGCCCCCUCUGCCUCCGGUAUAAACCCUCUCAUCUCCAGCUCAGUAGGCCCCAUACUAAGCCAGCUGCCUCAGCCCUCUUAUGCCCCCAUGCAACAGAUGGGGUACAGUCAUGACCGAGCCGGUGGUCUGAACCUCGCGCAUUUUCCUUUCAUCACCAGCGCUCAGACAUCCACUGGAUUUAUUCCGCCAGGAUCUGCAGUUGUAUCUGGUGCCGCAGCCUACCUGGCGCAGGAAAGCCUCGGAGGUAUCCAGUCGGUUUUCCUCCCCCGGGUUCUCGCCGAGCACUCGGCCCUCGCCUCCCUGGCCCAGUAUGGCUCCGCCAAAGCCUCGCCCUGCUACACGCCUCCCGUCCAUAGUCCUUGCAUGCAGAGCCCUGUGAGGGCGAAGACAGUUUACCACAGUGAGCUCCCCAGCACUGUGGCCUGUAUCCUCAAAGAAAGGGCCGAGUCCUCAGUGGAUCUCUCUCUCCGGGAAAUAAAGACGGUCUCUGGCCCCCACAGCUCUUUACACCAGGAAAGGCCUCUGGCCAAGAGCAGUGGUUCAGAACGGGUCACAGGGGGGACCAGCCCCUUCUCCCCACCCGUGGCUGGCAGCAACCCCUACGAGCAAAUCCUCGGUCAAGUUGCCGUUAGUCGGACGCAUUCGGGGACUGAACCUCAGAACCAGUCAGUUGGUGUUCCCUCUUCCCAGGCCAGGACCCCCACUGAGAUCUUAGAGGCCGAACAAAAGUUGUCCAAACUCCCGUCUAAGUUGUAAGAUUCAGACACACCCUCCUUUAAUACCUGAACUGAAGAAUGGUCAUCUUCUUACUGGCGUUGUUCUAACCACUACAUUUUUAAGGAGGGUGUGUUAUUCUAUCCAGAUUAGAGAUCGGUGGUUCCAUUUUAAAUUAGACACAGAUGGGGGAUAAUCAUGGUCAAUGUUGGAUAUUUUUUUCUACAGGAUAUUGCAUCUUUGAAUAUAGUAAAACAAUCGAAAAACCUAUUGGUGGGUAUAUAUAGCACCUCAUAAAAUAUACAUUGUUCUGUGUAUUACAUUACAGCCAAACUCUGUUGUAAGUAUUUAGUUUGAACCCCAUUAUUCAGCCAACGUUGUGUAACCUCUUUAGCUACACCCAUUUAGUUUGACAAUUUGUCCACAGCUGUAUCCAGAUAUGAUUGAAGCCAAAAAAGAUUGUCCUUAUUUAUGUCCUUACCCACCACCGAGCGUGUCGUGUGAAGACAGAGUUACUAAGAGAUUAGCCAAGAGACAGUGCACUUUGCUUGUUUCAGAGAUGUUAUGGUUUGAUGACGCCAUGUCUUCCAAGAUAGCUUUGCAGCAAUAUUGCAUGCCCAAAUGGGUCACACAAAUCAGAUCACGCUAAAAAAAACUGAAGUAAUGAAUGUAAUGUAAUGUUUGUCUGUCUAAGUGGGGGAAGUGGCAUUUAUUUUUUGAAUGCGUUGAACUCCAGGGCGAGACGCACAACUGAUGGCAACUAAUUUCAGUCUGACUAACUUUGGUACAGACUUUGUGCCAUCAACAUAGGAUGCAAUAAUCGGUGGAGUUUUUAUGGGUUUAAAAAUAUACUUUGAAUAGAAGCACUUGAAUCAAUGAGUGAGAUCAUUUUUUCAGUGAGAACAGAUUAAAAACUAGGGAAUUCAAUGGAAUAAAAGCAAUUGUGGAUAAUCAAACAUCCUGUAACCAGCAAUGCACUAGGACCGAUCUGAAUGUUUCUUGCAGUCAAAGGGCUAAACACGGGCUAAACACGGUCCCUUGGACAUUUGGUUAACGAGAAGCCCUGAAGGGUCACAUACUGCUGCAUAUUUACCCCUUUCAUUUUACAUUGAUUGUAACAUUUGACACCCAACAAUUGCUGGUUUGUGAUGCUAUGCUGAGUCAAUAAGAAGUGUAUUACAGACUUAUUUUUAAAAAUAAGACUCUUAAAUCCUUCUUCUUGUUAAUAAGUUCAUGUUUAGACAAUACCUUUCUCUCUCACGCUGUGGACCUGUUGCCGAUGAGGAGCUGCGAGCAGGUCCAUUCAUCCGAAGAUUCCGUCCACUGGCUUUGGCUGCCUGGUUAUUGAACCUGAAUUAUAUGCUGUGACUCCCAUCGAGGGAAAAGAUACUAUCAGUCACUGCCAAUGGGCUAGAUCAAUUCCUCAUCGCUAUUCUCCUCCAACCCCGCUCCACCGCACAACCUGCCAGGGGCAUCAGCUCGGGUUGAAGGCGGGUGUUAGUUUGAUUCUAUUCAUGUAGGAGAGGAGGUGUCAGUCUCUCAUCUAUUACUUAUUUCUCAUAUUCUCUAAUUUCUCAUUUUGCUGCCUUUCAACCAACAAAUCUGAGAAACCCACCAACUCUGUAUGUUAGGAAUAUUUUAUUUUAGCAACAGAAUCCUAAGCAAUAAAAUAUCAUGGUCAAUGA